GAACUUUAGAUUCUAAGAAGAGGAAGGAGAUAUUGGGAGAUCGUCACAAUGAGCCUGGAUUCUCUGUUCGAGUACAUUCUGCUGACAGAACAGCAGGCGUCAGAGAUGAACCGACACCUACGAGAGGUGAAAGCAGAAAUUCACAGGUGUCAGGAAGAAGCCAGGAAUCUUUCAGGGAGACUUGAAGAGGCAAAGGUGAUCCUGGAGACCAAGGUUCAUCUUCUUGCUGAGAAAAAAUGUGAGCGGCUCCUUUUAAAGAAGCAUCACGAUGUCCUAGAAUGUCAGAAGGAGGAUCUGCUUAAAGAGAAAGAGGAGCUUACAACUAUUCUUGCAGGGAUAAAAAAGCAAAUGGCAGAAGAAGAGGAAAAGUUUAUGAAAGAAGUUAUGGAGUUUAACAGUAACUAUGGGCUGACAAGUAAAAGAGACGUGUUGCUCAGAGAACAAGCCAAAGCUGAGAUGGAGCGGCUAGAGAUGGAGGCAGAGGCACUGAUGAAUGAAAUGGAAUCCUUGAAACAUGAAAGUUUCCAUCUAAACACCCUACAAGUUCAGAAGAAGACCCUCAACAAUAAACUGGCCCAACUGCAAAACACUCUGAAAGAUAUUGAAGACAAGAUCUCUGAAGCCAUUGAGACCACAGAGAGAUUGGAAGCAGAAAAGAUGUUGGUCAGUCAGAAGCCUCAGUCGGAUGCAGAGUGUUUAAGGCUGAAAAAGGAACUGGAGUUGUACAGCAAUGAAGAUUUUGAGGCAGUGUAUGAAGCACUUCGGAUGGAGAUAGAAUUUUUACAGAUGAAAAUAUCCCAACAGUCUGGAAAACAGUGAACUGAAUUCAUGUGAAGCUUCAGUGCUCUCAGUAGACAGAGCAUAACCCCCCCCCCAUUAUGUUAUAGUACAAUAGUAUAUGGGAUAUUCAGCUAUUCCAUGUUUUUGGCAUAAUGACCUGUGCCAAGUUGUACCAAUCUCUGCAGUUUCAUAUGAAGUUACAUUACAUUCCAGGACUGCAUCUGCCUGGUAACUUCUAUUUACAUCAGUUACUGUAACUCUCUAUUCAGUUAAAGAUGAUGUUCCUAGUAUUGCUCAUUAGUAAAGCUAAUUUCAUUUA